AUGCUGCAGGAUAAGGGCCUGUCGGAGAGCGAGGAGGCCUUCCGGGCCCCGGGAGCCGCGCUCGGCGAGGCCAGCGCCGCCAGCGCCGCCAGCGCCGCCAACGCUGCCAACGCUCCGGAGCCGGCGCUGGCUGCGCCAGGCCUCAGCGGAGCCGCGCUCGCCAGCCCCCCGGGCCCCGGCGCCGACGUCGCCGUCGCCACCGCCGCCGCCGCCGAGCAGACCAUCGAGAACAUCAAGGUGGGCCUGCACGAGAAGGAGCUCUGGAAGAAGUUCCACGAGGCGGGCACCGAGAUGAUCAUCACCAAGGCCGGCAGGAGGAUGUUCCCCAGCUACAAGGUAAAGGUCACGGGCAUGAACCCCAAGACCAAGUACAUCCUGUUGAUCGACAUCGUCCCGGCGGAUGACCACCGCUACAAGUUCUGUGACAACAAAUGGAUGGUGGCAGGGAAGGCUGAGCCGGCCAUGCCUGGACGGCUGUACGUGCACCCGGAUUCUCCUGCCACGGGGGCCCACUGGAUGCGGCAGCUGGUCUCCUUCCAGAAGCUGAAGCUGACAAACAACCACCUGGACCCCUUUGGGCAUAUCAUCCUCAACUCCAUGCACAAGUACCAGCCACGGCUGCACAUCGUGAAGGCCGACGAGAACAAUGCUUUUGGCUCCAAAAACACGGCCUUCUGCACCCACGUGUUCCCAGAGACUUCCUUCAUUUCUGUGACCUCCUACCAGAAUCACAAGAUCACACAGCUGAAAAUUGAGAACAACCCUUUCGCCAAGGGAUUUCGGGGCAGUGAUGACAGUGACCUGCGUGUGGCCCGGCUGCAGAGCAAAGAAUACCCCGUGAUCUCCAAAAGCAUCGUGAGGCAGAGGCUCGUCUCCACCCAGCUGUCGUCCAAGCCUGACGUCAGCCCCCUGCACGGGGCUCACCAGGCGCUCCAGCACUACCAGUACGAGAACGGGGCUCACAUGCAGUUUGCCACGGCCGAGCCCCAGGACCUUCCCCUCAACACCUUCCCAGCCCAGAGGGACUCCAGCCUCUUCUACCACUGCCUGAAAAGACGAGACAGUGCCCGCCACCUGGACUUACCUUGUAAGCGAUCUUAUCUGGAAGCACCCUCGGCGGUGGGGGAGGACCAUUAUUUCCGUUCUCCCCCGCCCUACGACCAGCAGAUGCUGAGCCCCUCCUACUGCAGCGAGGUGACCCCACGAGAGGCCUGCAUGUACUCAGGGUCGGGGCCCGAGAUCGCGGGGGUGUCCGGGGUGGACGACUUGCCCCCGCCCCCUCUAAGCUGUAACAUGUGGACGUCCGUGUCCCCCUACACGAGCUACAGCGUUCAGACCAUGGAGACUGUGCCUUACCAGUCCUUCCCCACGCACUUCACCGCCACCACGAUGAUGCCCCGGCUGCCCACCAUCUCUGCCCAGGGCUCCCAGCCGCCGGGCAACGCCCACUUCAGCGUCUACAAUCAACUCUCCCAGUCUCAGGUCCGAGAGCGGGGCCCCAGCGCCUCCUUCCCCAGAGAUCGCGGCCUCCCGGGCGCCGUGUGCGAGCGGAAGCCGCCCUCGCCACACCUGAACGCGGCCAACGAGUUCCUCUACUCGCAGAGCUUCUCCUUGUCCCGGGAAGCUUCCUUACAGUACCAUUCAGGCAUGGGGACCGUGGAGAACUGGACUGACGGAUGA